AUUGUAGAAAUAGGCGGGGUUUAUGACUUUGUGGCUAUGGUAACUAGUGACAACUGGCACAACCGAUAUAGGCCUAAAGUGUUUUUUCUCAAAGUUGCCGGCAUGUCACGUGUCCUACUUAUGUCAGUAAACUCGUAACAACCUAAUCAUUCCGAAACAUCUAUUCGAUCAAAUAAGCAAUAUUUGUUUGUGAACCAAAAUCGACACUCAUUGACCUCCAUACAAAAACUCCUCGUUUGGUGACCAAAAACACGCCACCUCCUGGAGAAGACAGAUUUUGUGCCCAGUUAUCCCCAACACGUCGUUCUCCUCACCCGGUUUAACAUUCGGUUUUCAAUUUGACACAGUGCACACAGAAAAAAUCAUACAUAUCAUUGUUUUCGCCUAAUGGCUCCCGCCAUCCAUAUAUAUCAUUGUUGCAAAUUCAAGUAGUGUAACUGUUGCUAUCUCUCAAGGCUGCAUCGUUACAUUAUAAUAUUAAGUUGAUUCCUUUGGAGUGAUUUCAAUAAGCUAUUAGUAAUUGGACAUAUUUUUCCAAUGUUAAAAUGGUUAUGGUUGAAUUUGACGCACUUCGAACAUGCGGGCUGCCUGUUGACAUGCUAAUAAUGUUUCCCUGACGUUUUUGUCUGCCUUUUCAAUCCCGAGGAAAUGGACUCGCCUCCCAUUUUUUUUUAUUUCCCAGUGUCCUGGGAGGAAAGUAACUUGGUGUUGAAGACGACAAUGAAAAAAAUAGCCUACAUGCGAGGGUUGGAUUAAAACGAUUUGUGUCUUACACUUUUGAACUCAUUCAAAUUGUAGUCUAUUACAGCUUUUGUUCGUGGGGCUGGUUUCGAUUUGUUUUACCGAAUGAGUCUGCUCGACAAAACGGUCCGUUCUUGACAAAACAUUCACUUUUCAAAGUUGGAACUCCGUGAGAAAUAGAGAUGCGCUCAUUAAAGGAAAUGGGUAUCACACAGACAUCCGGAAAACGCAUCCACGCGCCACGGCUGCCUCGCACGAUGUCAAUAUGUUUUAACAAUACAAAGGAUUCCUUCAAGGACCUCGAUUGAGAUACCGCAUAUGCGCGCUUGUCAUGGGUGCGUCGACGCGGUUAUUUUGCUCUGCUCCAUAUGGUUUUGGAGCGCUUAUGCAAUGAGACAACCGGGAAUUAUUAAGUAGGACUAGCCAGCAUUGAUACAUAUCACGACAAUAUGGCUGAUCAGAGUAACAUCCAGUCUGCUGCUUCCAAAAGCAUCCGGCCAUUCAAGUCCAGCGAGGAAUACCUGUAUGCCAUGAAGGAGGACCUGGCCGAGUGGUUUAACACGCUGUAUGACCUGGAUAUAACGGCGGACACCUUUAUGGAAGGGCUGGAGACUGGCUGUGCCCUCUGUCGGCAUGCCAACAACGUGAAUCGCGCAGCGCUGGAAUUCCAGAUGGAGUACCCGGAGGUUGCACAGUCAUUGAGGAUGCCAACCAAGGAUGUGGUUUUUCAGUCGCGCAACGUGGUCCCUGGGUCGUUUUUGGCUCGGGAUAACGUGUCCAAUUUCAUCGGCUGGUGUCGUCAGGAGCUCUGGAUCAAGGAUGUUCUGAUGUUCGAAACCAACGACAUAGUGGAGAAAUGCAACGAGAAGAACUUUGUGCUGUGCCUGCUGGAGGUGGCGCGGCGCGGGGCCAAGUUCGGCAUGCUUGCCCCGAUGCUGAUCCAGCUGGAGGAGGAGAUCGAGGAGGAGAUCCGGGACCAGGAGAACCAGGGGGAGCCCAGUCCAAGCCUACUUCCAAUAAGCAGGGCUUUCGUUCGCAAGGAGAGUGUGGUUGAUGAACCCGAGCCUGCCCCUUAUGCACAUUGGCAACAGAAACAGAGGGUGCUCUGUGACAUGAGAAACUUAGAUGAGUUGGUGCGGGAGAUCCUGGGCCGCUGCUCCUGCCCCGCCCAGUUCCCAAUGACCAAGGUGUCUGAGGGGAAGUACAAAGUGGGAGACUCCAGCGCGCUGAUCUUCAUACGGGUCCUACGUACUCAUGUGAUGGUGCGUGUGGGUGGGGGAUGGGACACGUUAGAACACUAUCUGGACAAGCAUGACCCCUGCCGCUGUGCCGCCUUCGCUCACCGGUAUCACCAGGCCAAAGCCAGCGGGCAGGGUGCCCACAGCAAGUCCUCCAGCGCCCACUCCUCCCGCUCCACCAGCCCAGGCCCACACUGGCGUAAUGAGGGCAUUGCCCCCUAUAAGCCGCCUGACAGACGUUCCCAGGGCCUGGAGCCUCCGUGUGCCCCUUGUGCCCCCUCGUCCACCCGGCCUGGCCGCUCCCACCACCCCUCCCUCCCCACGGAGCUCGACUCCAACGCAGGACGCACCCCUCUGCUACCACGACCACCACGGGACCGCUCAGAACCUCGACACUUCAACCCUCUCAGGUCUAAGGACUCGUCAUUGAUGCCAGUGACCCGCCGUCUAUCAGGGGACAGCGACUCCUCUACAGCCUCCUCUAAGGGAGGAGGAGGGGCAGGGGGAGGCCGCUUCUCUCUGGGAGGCACCCGUCGCGCCGGAGAGGAGGUGGUCCUGUUGGUCAACAGGAAGGAGGGGAAGCAUUUGAUAGAAAGGCCUGGAGGAGGAGAAGGUCAGAUCCCAGCCCUGUGCCCCCCAAUGCCCCGCGCACGCAGCCACUCCCGGGAACGCCCUGCCCCUGCCACCAUCCUCAAACCCAGCCCCCCACAGGGCCCCUCUGACGGGCUCAGGACCAGUCGUGGGGACAGGGGCCGCUCUCUGGGGCCCGAAGGCCCCCGCAGGCUCCAGGCCCCGCGUUCCCACAGCCAGGGGAAGAUGCCCAGCCGGAGUCGAACCAACGAUGCCAGCCCUGGAUCCUGUCCCCGUCACGGGGCCUCUCAGCCCCCAUCCUCUGACAGACGAGAGGAGCUGAGAGCCAAACAACUACCCCCUGCCUCCCCCAGAAUCAGUGGAGGUUUCUCCAGGAGACAAUCGUCCUCCUGCUCUAAUUCGCCUAUCAAAGGACUUCAGAGCAGCAGCCCCAGUAAGAAGACUAUGGUGGCUCCCAGGCCCCCCGCUCCACGCUCCCCCUCAGUAGGGAAGAGUAGGCUGCUGCCCCCAGUCUCCCAGGCAGGCCGACGCUCUCCACACUCCACUUCCCCCCGCUCCUCUCACUACCAUGGGCAUGGACCCCGCUCCCCUCGAACCUCCCACGGCCCUCGAUCCAAUGGGCAUGGCCACAGGGGGUUGGCCGGCUCUGAGCGACAGGAACCCGAGGAGGAGGGGCUAGGCUAUAAGUUCCAGAUGCUGCCCAACCUGGACCCCCAGAAGGAGCAGGACCUGUACCGCAGCUUCGAGGCUGAGUUCCUGGCUAACACAGGGCAGGGCAAAGUGGGGCCCAGUAGACCAAAAGGGGGGGGCAGCUUUCAGCGUCCCGCCUCCUCAUAUCCACAGCAGGGUGUUGGGACCCAAAACCUCCCCACACCUGCCUCUGCUGACCCUAACGUUACUGACUCUGCCUACUCCUCCUCCAACUCCUCCACCUCCUCAAUCAACGUGGGGGGGAAGGUAGGUGCUCUGCCUGACCUCCGGGAGUCCAAGAGAACUAACCCACAUUCCUGUGGAAGACUAGAGAAUACCCUGGCCCCACUGCAUGACCAUAGCCCGGGCGGAUUAUCUAACGGUGGGCACACAGAACCAGUGCGCUGGAGCGGGCGAGGUGGAGGUCUCAGGAAGCUCCCUGCCAUCUCCAGUUCCAUGGAGGAAGGGGAGCUCCUGUCCUCCUUCCCUGGCCAGAGAGACUCAGAGCUGGGCAUAGCUCUCAGCCAUACCCCCUCACAACUUCCUUUCAACCCCAGGAGCAUGAAUGUGGGCCAUGUCAGUGGUGCUCCAGCAGAGAUGCUGAUGGAGAGCCAGCAGGGUCAGUUGGGCUGGGGCUCAGGGCCUGAGGGAGAUGUCCCUCUGGAGGAUCAACAACCAAGUUUCCCCUAUGACCUGGAGGAUGAAGACCCCAAAGAUGACCUCCCUCCCCCAGAGUCUUGUCCCUCACCCAUCCCCCUUUCCCCUUCUGAGGACUGCUCCUUCCAGGAAGACUCCUCCAGUGAAAGCUCCUCCAUGUGCUUCAGCCUGAGUGAAUCACACUCAGAGUCCUCUCCUCCACCUCCUCUCCUAGCCAAUAGGGAUGCUGUUGAUGGGGAUGUGGUCCUCCGGCCGAAGAGGGUAGGUAAGAAGGCUGACAGGAUGCCCUCCAUCUACAAGCUCAAGCUGAGGCCCAGGGUCAGGCCUCGUACAGACAACCGGCCAGAGAACAGCCCAUCACGUAUCCCCACCCCAGUCAGCUACAGAGACCUGCAGGCCAUGGGCAACCUCACCCCUCUCCAUACCCCUACUCCUCCACAGUCCCCUCAGAGCUCACAUUCCAACGGCCACCCAGCCUCACGCAAGGCCCUGCACCAGGCCUUUGGCGACCUAAUCCACUCCCAGUCAUGCUCCACCGCCAUGGGCAGCAGGGACUGCACCUACUCCGUAGAGUCAGGGAGCGGCCUGGACACUGAGGCCUGGAUGUAACACACAACUUACUCAUCACGAUGAUGCUGAUACAGAACAGUUUGUUGUCAAAUUAAAACUGACUACUGUCUAAAAGACUGGAGACAGGGCUGCAGACUAUUUUUAUAGAACAUGUCACAGUCGCACACUCACUCUUUUUGUCACUUAGGCCCUUUCCUGUCUAUAAUGGUCAGGGUUUCACUAUCCCAUUCUGUUCUUUGCACUCAAAACCGAAUUAUUUAUUUCCAAAGGAACGAUCCAGAAUCUAAGGCUAUUGUUUAAGUUGAAUGGUUUCUUUGUAAUUAUGGGCAUGUUUUGAUGAAUCAUAAAGUGUCUAAUACAAGGCAGGCAGCUGUCUUGAAAGCCCCAUGAUUUGCUGCCAUACAGAGAGACAGAGAGAGACAGAGAGAGAGAGAGAGAGAGAGAGAAAACAUAUGUGUUGUCAUAUGCAUCGCUGAGGGGCAUGAAGAAGUGCCAGGGCUGAGGAAGAGGAAAGAACCGCAGGCAGGAGCAGUGAAUCACAAGCGUCAUCAAGUCAACUGGACUGGCUCCCUCUAGUGGACAGUGUAUGCCACAGCAUCUCUGUCCGCUUUGAUUGUUAAAAUACUGGCGAGGCGAGCCGCGCUGUAAAAGAUACUUUCUUGCUCUCAUUCUCCAUACUGCCACUCACCUUCUGCUAGUUACCCCCCUUCUGUGGACAUCUUUACAGAUCUACUCUGUAUUGGACUCAUAUAUAAAAACAAUACUCUACGAUACUUUACUGUACAAUGUUCACAAAUAACAGUCUUUUGGACUUUAUACACACUACAUAUUCCAUAUGUGCACUGCUACUCACCUUCCGCCAUCAACCCCCUGCAUCCUGAGUUGUUCAUUGCCAUACAUGUAUGAUGUCACUUUCUCACUGCCAAUCCAUAUGGCCAUGAUUGAGUGAUGUCUGUUUUUUGAGCUUUUAGAGUGAAAAUAUACAAAGCAUUUUCUAUGUGUUAACUGCAGUCUGGGGUAAGAGUAAGAUGAUUAUGUGUCAUUGUCACUGAAACAGCAAUGUUGAAUACUUCCAAUGAUCAAGAGUUAUCUGAACUUGGAAAUCAACACUAAAAUAUCUAUACAAAAGUGGAUGAAUAUGCAUAAAUGUGUACAUGUGUAUAUACAGUUGCAAGAAAAAGUAUGUGAACCCUUUGGAAUUACCUGGAUUUCUACAUAAAUUGGUCAACAAAUGUGAUCUGAUCUUCCUCUAAGUCACAACAAUAGACAAACAGUGUGCUUAAACUAAUAAUACACAAAUUAUUGUAUUUUUCUUGUCAAUAUUGAAUACAUAAUUUAAACAUUCACAGUGUAUGUUGGGAAAAGUAUGUGAACCCCUAGGCUAUUGACUUCUCCAAAAGCUAAUUGGAGUCAGGACUCCGAUAACCAGGAAUCCAAUCAAUGAGAUCGGAGAUGUUGGUUAGAGCUGCAAUAUAAAAAACACUCACAAAAAGUGAGUUUGCUAUUCACAUGAAGCGUUGAUGUGAACCAUGCCUCGAACAAAAGAGAUCUCAGAAGACCUAAGAUUAAGAAUUGUUGACUUGUAUAAAGCUGGAAAGGGUUACAAAAGUAUCUCUUAAAGCCUUGAUGUUCAUCAGUCCACGGUAAGAUAAAUUGUCUAUGAAUGGAUAAAGUUCAGCACUGUUGCUACUCUCCCUAGGAGUGGCCGUCCUGCAAAGAUGACUGCAAGAGCACAGCACAGAAUGCUCAAUGAGGUUCAGAAGAAUCCUAGAGUGUCAGCUAAAGACUUACAGAAAUUUCUGGAACAUGCUAACAUCUCUGUUGACGAGUCUACGAUAUGUAAAACACUAAACAAGAAUGGUGUUCAUGGGAGGACCCCACAGAAGAAGCCACUGCUGUCCAAAAAAAACAUUGCUGCACAUCUGAAGUUCGCAAAAGAUCACCUGAAUGUUCCAGUAGUUCUGUGGACAGAUGAAACUAAAGUUGAGUUGUUUGGAAGGAACACACAACACAGUGUGGAGAAAAAAGGCAUAGCACACCAGGCCUUAGGGCCUGGACAGCUUGCUACAGUAUCAUUGACAGAAAAAUGAAUUCCCAUGUUUAUCAAGGCAUUUUGCAGGAGAAUGUAAGGCUAUCUGUCCGCCAAUUGAAGCUCAACAGAAGUUGGGUGGUGCAACAGGACAACGACCCAAAACACAGAAGUAAAUCAACAACAGAAUGGCUUCAACAGAAGAAAAUAUGCCUUCUGGAAUGGCCCAGUCGGAGUCCUGACCUCAAACCGAUUGAGAUGCUGUGGCAUGACCUCAAGAGAGCAGUACACACCAGACAUCCCAAGAAUAUUGCUGAUCUGAAACAGUUUUGUAAAGAGGAAGGGUCCAAAAUUCCUCCUGACCGUUGUGCAGGUCUGAUCCGCAACUACAGAAAAUGUUUGGUUGAGGUUAUUGCUACCAAAGGAGGGUCAACCAGUUAUUAAAUCCAAGGAUUCACAUUUUUUCCACCCUGCACUGUGAAUGUUUACACAGUGUGUUCAAUAAAGACAUGAAAACGUAUAAUUGUUUGUGUUAUUAGUUUAAGCAGACUGUGUUUGUCUAUUGUUGUGACUUAGAUGAAGAUCAGAUCAAAUUUCUUGACCAAUUUAUGCAGAAAUCCAGGUAAUUCCAAAGGGUUCACAUACUUUCUCUUGCCACUAUACAUGUAUAUGUAUACUUGCAUAAAGAUGUGGGUAUAGUGUAUAUAACAAAAAUGAAUUAUGAAAUGUGUAAAUAUUCACUGUAUGGGGUUUUAUGCUGCCUUAGCUAUGCAAUAUUGCUGUUGGAAAUGCCUUGACAAUUCCCUUGGCCUUAAUGUGUGUGUGAGUGUGGUUUGAGAACGUUGGUGCCCAACAACACCCAUUCACUCUUGAGUGUGAAUUCAUUGCCAUCACCAUCAGUUUUUCUCUCAAUGUAGAAUUGUCCAAAAACAUUAAAUAAAAAGCACCAUAUUAUUUUCUAUGGAUUUGUAUGAUAGAUACCUAGACAAACCACUCUCUCAUCAAAGGAUAUUCAGUGACAUCUAGUGGUUGAAAAAAAGAUGGUCUCAUUUGAAUGAAUUUCCUUCACAGAUUGAGUUUGCUAGACUGGUUUGGAGCAGAUGAUUGUUGAUCGUGAUGUAUUAUGUGGUUUAUUGAAAUGACUUAAGAAUAUGUGUAGGUUUUUCUUGAAUGUUUUUUUAUCUGGAGAAUGAACAUGAGUAAUAGAUAGUGUAAUGGAUAUGUCUGUCCCGCUAUAGACUCUUGCCUUAUUGGUAUUAUCAAUUACAGAGCAGGGCAGGGAUAUGACUGUGGUGUUGGCACUUUAACAGGGUUGUAGAGCGUGUAAGACUGCUAUGAAGGGUUUUACAGUGGAAUGACAGGGACUGUGCUGCAGUGGGUUUUCAGUAAAUGGAUGGCACAAGCCGAGUGGAAAGAGUUUGUUUGUGUGUAUACGUCUUUCAGUAAACUGAAUCGAAGUGUACAUUCUGUAUAGGAUUAUGUACCAGGUGUCAAUGGGAAUGUAGGUAGAGUUGAAGAAAAGCAGGGAGGGAUGUUGUUGGUCUUGUUUAUUUAUGAAUUGGUCUCGAGUGACGGGUGGGGCUCUAAGUGAAAAACAACACUGUAUGUAGAAUCUAAAGCCAGUGAGAGCCCCAAAUAAGUUAUUAAAAAUACAUGAAAAAAUGGUGUUAGAAUUGUGGCUCUCGAUUAUCCUAAUGGUUUUUGCCAGAGCCCAUAGUUUAGUAAUGCACAAGGUUCCAGGGACAUUUCUGAGGAAGUUUUCAUGUAUUUUUGUCUUUGACUUGGGGAUUUUGAUUGUUAAAAGAUUUGCUUUUAACAUGUUUUAUCUUGCCAAUUUAUGUCCACACAUCAACCAAAUAGACAAUACAGCAGAAGCUGUUAUGCUUUUAAAAGAUCCAGAAUCUGAAUUUAUUUGCCAUAUAAAGGGAACACUCCAGCAAAGAAUAUAGCCAAUCCAAGAGGGUCAAAGGUUUUGUUGAUGACUACACAGGAAUGAGCCAACCUACACACAGCCUAGGCUUUUAACUGCUCAAAGAUACAGUUCAAACAUAUUUAAACCUCCACUGCCAUAAAGGCUCUGUUUGCAUUAUUAGCCAAUGUACAUUUUCUCUCUUCUCUGACCAAUGAGAAGUUGAUCAACCUUUUCAUUUCAUUGCUUUCACGUGUAGCUGUCUCAAAAAAAGAUGUCUAUAUGUGUUUUAUUUUCAAUUAAAUUGUUCAAUUAUGUAAUAUGUUUAAAAUAUUAAAACAUGCAUGAUGGGUUAGCAGGUAACAGGUUUUACCAGUAGUUUUACAUGUUUGUGACAUUAAGAAAACCAUAGGCCAAUGAUUGAAUUUGUCGAUUCAACUAUGAUUGCAAAAUUAUUAUUUUGUAAAAAAAUUAUCUUAGUGUGCAAAGUUGCAUGUCAACUCUACAUGGUGUGCUUGGUUUUUGUUUGUCAAAUGCUGCUUUGUAAAUUCCAGAACUUUCUCUCUCUCUCUUUUGAGCUACCUUUUUAUCUCUCUGAAAUCUAUGUCUAAAUGGCAUAACACAAAGUAAUGAAAUGAAACUGAUCAUAACAUACAUUUUGAAUGUUCAUUUGAAUUUAUUUCAGUGUUUAAGCAUUAUUUGCUGAUGUUAUCUUCUAUCAAACAAUGACUUAAUAAAUGUACUGAAGAGUGCUUGACAUUGUGGAAUUUGUCUGUAUUAAAUAGCAAUACUGCAAUACCAAGACUUCAUUUGUUCCUUGAAAAUGAAUUGCUAUCAAGUUGUUCUUGUAAUAAAAUAUGUUCCUUUGA